AUGGCGGACGCUGUCGAGCGUUCAGUGCGAACAUGGAUGGUCACACAACAAGAACAGGAGAUUGAUUACAUCUCUAAAGGCUCGCGAUGUCUCCCUUUGGAAAUUCAAAGCGCGUCAACAUCGCUAUUAACCGUCGUAAAGCAUCUGGGAGAGUAUCUUACUUCAGAGGAAUCCGAAACACGCGUCAAUGGUAUCAAGCUCUUGGUGGAAGUGAUCGCAAAACUCCCAGAUUCAUCUUUCAAUCGGCAAUCGUGCAGGACCAUGGUUUCAUUCCUCAAUACAAAACUGGAUAGUGGCGAAGAGGCUAUCCCAGCGCUCAAAGGCCUCUUGCGACUUAGUAGCAUACCAAUUUUUACACCCACGGAUUGCAAGGAGAUCAUCAAAGCACUUUCCGCCUUCAAUAUGCGAGGCUAUGUUCAAUCCGUCCGGCACAAUGUCUUCCUUUUACUGGACAGUUUUCUUACUCGACAUCGUCAAGUUUUGAAGGACAUGGGGUCCGAAUUCCUGAAAUGCUACCUGGCUCUGGCAGAAGGGGAAAAGGAUCCUCGAAACCUUCAGAUUGCUUUUGCACUCGACCGGAUUCUACUGCUUGAGUUCGACAUCACAGAUCUUGUCGAACAAUUCUAUGAUAUUACCUUUUGCUAUUUCCCCAUCACCUUCAAAGCUCCCGCCAAUGACCCCUACGGGGUCAGUGGAACAGAUCUAGUCCAAGCACUCAAGGAAUGUCUAAGCGCCUCUCCUUUACUUGGACCACCAGGCAUGCCAUUGUUCAUCGAAAAACUAAACGUUGGAUCCCCAGCCACCAAAAGGGAUACGAUGGAGACAAUCGAAGCCUGCCUUCCUGUCUAUGGACCGGCGGUCUGUCAAAGCUUUGCAGACAAGCUUUGGGAUGGUCUCAAGAUAGAGAUCCUCCAACCUGUCGAUGACGAGGUUCAGAAAAGAGCUUUGGCUGUUAUGGUCGCACUCGUUCGUACAAGUCAUCCAACUGACGGGCCAGUCGACGGGAUAGCUCUCAGAAUCCUUCGGUCCUCUCUCGAGAUCCUGAAGGAACCUGAAAAGGCUCGCAGUCAAAAUGCUGUUAAAGUUCUUGCGUCGUUGGUUUCGUGCUCAGGCAAGUCCCAACUAGCCUCGGACACUAGUUUGUUGACCUUCUCAGAUCAUAUUGCUGCGUGGAUUUGGGAGCCUCUGAUCACACAGCUCCUCGAGUCGUACGAUAAAGCGACGGAACAAUCGACUCGCGUAGUCGUACUCGAAACUUUUGCGAGUAUGCUAGAGGCUCAGCUCGCGGCGAACUCUUCUCCCGACGCAAAAAUACCUCUUCCUCUUUUAGCUCAAAAGGACGCCGUGCUCAGCCGUUUCGUGUCCAGUUUGUCAAGUCCUGCAACGUCGGAGCCAAGUCUUGACUCAAUUCAAAAGCUUAUACGGCUGAGAAUAUUAUCUCAAGAUGAAUUCAGAUAUGUCGCACAUAGCUUGACGAAUUCCCUACUCGACAUGUGCGUUUCGGACGACGAUCUGUCAUUUGAAAUUGUCAGCGUGCUUCAACAUCUAGCUGUUGUUUCAUCGGAAAUUGUUGAAGGCGUCACCUUACCUGCCUUAUUCGCCUUACUUCCCGACGAUGCCGCCUCACUUUCUGACGAGACAGCCAGGGGUAGAUGCAUACACUCCCUAUCAGUUCUCGAGACGCUCUGUGUUGCUCCAGCACUCUUCUCCCGUCUGUCUGUUCAUCUUCUGACGAAGCUGGAGAUGCUUGUCAACGGACAAGAGCAUAUGGGGUCCGAAGCAGCCAAUGCGACGAUCGCGUAUGGACACGCACUUCUUCGAACCAUUUACACAGCUUUGAGCAAAAAGUCGGAAGCGCAAGACCCCGAUGUACCGCGGUAUAUCGAACGCUUUGUGCCACAACUGUAUGCAUUGUUUGUGCAACCACCACCGAGAGGACCCGAGCAUACGAUCAAUCUUUUGGAAACGGUCCUUAUCAAGGAUGCAUCCGAUAUCAUUUCUGUUGUCGUUGCAUCGCUUGGCAUUGAACGCCAAAAGGCAUGGUUACAAGCAUUAUUCGCUGCUUUUUUUGAAGGAGAAUGGACUCGAUUAGGAUUGGCAACUGGCAGUGUCCAAGCGAAACGCCUAUUCCACUCCCUAGAGGCCUCCGAACCCGGCGAUCUUUCGCCUCUGUUUGCCGCGGGUCUAAUUGGACUUCGUCCCGAGACGCCAAUACCAGUUCCAGAUAUCAAUGAACUACUCCGCCGGAUCACAUCUGUUGCCCUUUCGACUGAGAACGAGGGCGGCAGGCGUGCGCUCCUGACAGUCGCAGCAUCCAUUCUCAAUAAACAUGGCAACGAAUGCUCGGCCUUCAUCAACGAGGAUCUUGAAACGCUUUGGGAGGAGCGUAUUAGUAGGGCCAGUCCGCCGGAACCGCGUAGGGCGGCGCUAGAAGUAUGGACCAUGAUGGUGCAAGCUCUUGUCGUGCGAAAUCACCCACGAGGGGUUGCGCUAUCGAUGAAGCUGUUCACGUUGUUUGACGACGCUGACAUGGCGGAGAACGCCGCGCGAAGCUUGGGUCGAAUUCCUGGCUUAGAGGGAACUGUCCUGGUCAAAAAGUACCAUGCCACGAUUCGCAAACUGUUCAGCGCCAUCACGCCGGAGAUUAGUAAGGCCAUGGGCCUGGAACCCCACGCCGCCACCAAGUCUCUCCCAUACUUGAUCGCCCUCUCAAUACUCAUACCUUCUCUCCCCAAAGGCACAUAUGGACAGACGAUCGAGACGUUGUUCCCCCUGCUUCUGCGUGGGCUGGAAUUACCUGAACUCGAGCUGCGGACGAAUAUCGUCGAGGCGUUUGUCACAUUGGUGACAAGGCCGGAUGAUAUAAACGGGAUGAGCGUAGUUACGGCCCAUUUGGGGACGCUAGUGGGCGCGAUGUUGAAUAAUGCACGGCUAAACGUCGAGCGCGGGCCAGGGCUGAAACUUAAAGUAUCCGCACUUCAAUUCCUCGAGGGUCUUGUUGGAGUUGUGAAACAGGAGGAUCUCCAGCCCUUCAAAGCACGCGUCUUACGAGAACUUCAGGCGGUGCUGGACGACAGAUCCAAAGUUGUCCGACGAGAGGCAGUGGUAGCAAGUCCUGGAAUCUAUCAGUCUCAGGGUAUCUCUCAGACGGAUGGGAGCUCGCUCUCCAACGCCGGCAACUCACCAGUCGCCGCAACAUCGUCAAUGUCCCAUAGGCCAACGAAACGAAAGCGCCUAGCCAAGCCUUGCACUUAUACCAAUUCGUCCGGUGUUCCGGUCCCUGCACCUCGCGGAAAUGCAACCGACGGUCGUAGAGACAGUUAUGUCGACUCAGGCUCGUUUAUCGUGCGGAGCCCCUUGUUUGGCGACGCCGAAGGCCAGAUUGCAUCGAUAGCCACGCCAACCACGACCCAGGACACUGUUUCCCACUCGAUGUCAUGUUCACGCGAGAGCUGGUUCACUGUGAGUUACCCACAAGUCCUACGUUUGGAUCACCGAGUUGACCGCCGUUUAGUGUUCUUCGCCCAUUGUCAUCCCCUGACGUCUAUCCUCCACCAACCUUCGUUUCUUCUGUCACUGUCCCAAGCUCAAGUCCCCCGAUACCUCCUCUUGAGCAUGUUCGCCGUCGCGGUGCCGUAUUCGUUGCGGCCCACCCUUCGAACGACGCCCACUUGGCAUGCUGGAGAACGAUUCGCCGUCGAAGCCAAACGUUUAAUCUUUGACAAUGUGGACGACCCCAGAAUUCGCGAAGGAGUAGACGGUCUGCGCGUCAAGCCCUCUCUCGAACUCGCACAAGCCCUCUGUCUGUUGCAGACACACGAACGGGUCAUGAAGGCGCACACUGAAUCGGAUAGACUCUUGAAGCUCACCCAUGCUGUCCUGGACGCCCUCGAUAUCUUCACCCUCGAGAGCCAAGACGACUCGUUACACCACAACUUUGUUCGCAUCGAAGCUCUUCGCAGGGUAUUCUGGCACCUUCACUGCAUUGAACUAUUGUCGCCCAGAGCCGGCGAGAAUAUGAGGGAUAGGCGAGAGCGUGCUGGCCUCAUCCGACUUCCACUGGAAGAUGCUUUGUUUGACAUGCCGCGAAUCGAGAGUCGAGCUGGAUUUGACUCGCCGUAUGAAUACCUCCCGCUACCCGCUGGGCCCAAGUCAUGCCGGAGCGAGUUUGGAAACUUGAUUCGAGUUUGUGAGAUUUAUGCCGCCAUCUUGGAUGCAAUUGCGACAAAGGAACACGUUCUUCGGGUUUGGGAGCAAGGAGUAUCGGCAACUCUUGAUGGUAUGCCGUCUGUGAGUCAACAGGAGAUGAAUUUGAGGAGAUGGCUCGAGCUCUUGCCAGACCACCUCAGGCUGACAGAGGACAAUCUUCAAUUCUAUCUAUCCCAGCUCGACGGCGCUGCGGGCUCCAGUGCCGGCUUGUUCAUCAUGAUGCACGGACUGGCAGAGUCUUCAGUUAUCGCUCUACACGCAUUUGCGGAGAUGGGUUCAGCUUCCCCUGCGACGGCGACGAGACAGCAAAAGGCCGUUGCCAAUCUCACCAUGAUUUUAACUGCCAUGGGAUGCCGCGGCCGGGUCAAAUUUAUGAUGUCCACGCUACUGGCCACCCUUGGCCAAUCCUUGUCGGCUCAGCAUCCGCAAGUCCUGACAUGGUUUGAUGAAUACUACAGAAUGUGGGGAGUUACCUAUGAAGAAUUGAUGAAUGGCCACCUCCGAGCCUUUUGGCGAAAGACAGGUCCGCUGUCCCCAGCCAUUCUACUUGGCAACCAACGGGCCGUGGACGGGCAACGAGCGUUUUCUUCCAUGUCUGGAACCUCGUCCGAAUCGAUACAGAGCAUUUUCGACGCCGAAAAGGCAAUGGGUGAUCCGUUGGAUUACGCCGACAUGACCCUCAGGCCUGCAUCCGCGACAGGACAACAAAUUGGAUCAAUAUACGCCCAAGGCGACGGCAUGGAGAAUUUAAGGCAGGUCACAAGGCCUGAUACGGCUUUGUCGGCCAGUGGUAGGAGCCAAGCAUCGCUGGAUGACGAUUCGUCCACUUUAGAAAUCACACGCUUUGGGAACGAGUCUCUUGGAACGCUCCGCAACGCUACGCUAGACGUGGCGUUUGGGGACUCGCCCGUGGGCGCGCCCCUAUCGGCUUUCCCCUCAGGAGGCCCGUGGCUUAAUAGGAGGGCCGCACGCUCUCCGGUUCCCACUAUCCCGAGAAGUGAUUUCAUGGUCCGAGAGCCUGGGCUUACUUCGCGUGGAGCAAUCUACCCUGAACUAAGCUCAGAUGACAGUGACAGCCAAUCGACAAGUCCACCGCCUCCGUCCUUCUCAACCACAGGACCAACGUACGACGACUCGAUGGGAUUCUUUCGUCGUGCUCCUGCGAUCAUUGUAUCAGGGAUGACGCCAGUUCCCCCAUCAGUCAGUGCUUUACAACCAUUGCAAAGGCGAAAGAACUCGUCCCCAUUGAUGUUACCUUACAAUGGACAGUUCUUGGAAGACGAAGACAUGGGGCUAAACUGGUGA